AAGUUUCGGUUUCGGCCCAGGAGAAAAUAAUUAAAUAUUAGUAUUAGUGCUUUCUCAUUAUAGUCUCCCUGAUGUCGUUUCCUUCGUCGUAGAAGCUUCGCGGGGUGAAACUCAUGUCCCUCUCGAGAGGCCUGCCUGAAUAUGGAAUUUUCCAUGGCAUCGAGAGGGGCUACCACGAGGAUGGAGGGUGGGAACCACGUAGGUCGUGAGGGAGAGGCGACGACCGAGUAAGUGGUACUGGAACGCAGUGGAUGGAGGUUCCCGGAAGGAGCGGACGACGACGGCGGAGCUGGGGGAGGAGCGUUGGGGAGGAGCGUGGGCGGGCAACGGGUAGAGGAGACGAGACGAGAGGAGGAGCAGCGGCAGCAGGAGCCGCAGACGAGGACGAAGGCGAGGACGGGGAAACGCGGGGCCAUUGACGGAGGGAGCGAGGGAGGGGAGGGAGCGAAGCCAUCGUCGAGGGAAAUUAAGCUUAAAGCUCGCGGCACGAGGCGCAGGAGCAGCAACAGCUGCUGCCACUGAUAAGAAUCUUGAUCCGUACUCUCUUGCACGCUCGGGAAUCGAUUCCUCGCUCGAGUCGGAGGAUCAAGGAGGAAAAGAAUUGUCUAAUCGUAACGGGCAGUGCGCUUUCUCCGUGCACGCGGUCUGGACGUUUUCUUCACGUCAGCUCAGAUUUGCGCCUGGACAGUCCGUUGACAUUGGAAACUUGGUCCGCGGUGGAUCUUGAAGAAGGGGAGCAGGAAACUGAAGAGCUUGCGGAAGAAUUCGGAUUGUGAUAGAAGUGUACGAUUGAAGCACUGGUGCUCUGAGCUUUGUCAGAUCUCGAACCACUCUGCAAGGCAGGUCGAAAGUCGACUGCGGUGGGUUGCAGGGAAGUAACCGGCGGUGAUCAUCGCGCGGAAGGAAUUAUCGAAGUUAGAAUCACUUCAAAAGGAAGGGGAAUUGUUACGUUGUGUAGCACAAACAGGUUCAGGCAGCACGGAGCGCAUCAACCUUUUAUUCUCUGUAUCGCCAAAAUCCUGGGUUUUCCUCGCGGAAUAAUUGCAUAUCUCAAGCAGAACCCCAUCUUGGAAUCAAAGGGCUGAUAGUAUGGGCGGCGGCCAAUCGCGCGUGAAGCCUCCCGCGCCUGAGUUCGAUACAUCAAGGCCUGUCCCAUCAGCUUCACGGCUGAACCGACGUUUCUCGAGGAAAUUUUCGUACAUAUCUGAUCAAUAUCAAUCCCUCGAACAGGUCACAGAAUCUCUAUCGAACGCCGGUCUAGAAUCGUCAAACCUGAUCCUGGGGAUUGACUUCACCAAGAGCAAUGAGUGGACUGGAAAGCAGUGCUACAAUGGGCGUAGCCUUCACGCAAUUGGAGAGCACUAUAAUCCUUACGAAUCUGCCAUAUCCAUUAUCGGUCGAACAUUGUCACAAUUCGACGAAGACAACCUGAUACCAUGUUUUGGCUUCGGAGAUGUUUCAACCCAUGAUCACUUUGUGUUUAGCUUCUACGAAGAUCAGCGUCCAUGUCACGGUUUCGAGGAAGCGCUUCAUAGAUACCGACAGUUGGUGCCUUGUCUUCGCCUUGCUGGACCUACAUCUUUCGCCCCAAUCAUCGACGCAGCCGUGGGCAUCGUGGAGGAAAGUGGUGGUCAAUAUCAUGUGCUUGUCAUCGUUGCGGAUGGGCAGGUCACAAGGAGUGUCGAGACAGGACCUGGAAAACUCAGUGCUCAGGAGAAAGCGACUAUUGAUGCAAUUGUGGCAGCCAGUGACCACCCACUGUCAAUCAUACUGGUUGGUGUCGGUGAUGGACCUUGGGAUAUGAUGCGGGAAUUUGAUGACAAUAUCCCAGCCCGCGCAUUUGACAAUUUUCAGUUUGUGAACUUUACGGAUAUCAUGUCGAGAGGUUUGCCGAUGGAACAGAGGGAAGCAAAGUUCGCCCUGUCUGCAUUGAUGGAGAUCCCACAACAGUUUAAAGCAACUCAAGAGCUCAAAUUGUUGGGGCGACGUAUGGGACGAACUCAACACAAUCCGCCUCUUCCUCCACCUCAAGCAGUGUUACACGCAGAUUCCCAAUUACGUUCUGGUUAUGCCCAGCCUGGUGGCUACACUCAGUCAGGAAGCUUCGCUUACAACCCAGGCGUUUCGAGGGCCGUUCCGCCUUACGCGUCUGUUGAUACUUAUCCUCCCAAGAACACGUCGCCGCCCGAUUACAUGAAUUUACCACCACAUCAAUACCCACCUCGCGCAUCAGCUUAUACUUACCCCCCUCAACAAAGUAGAGUACCUGAAGUUCCAAAGGAACAGAACGAAGAGCAGACACGGUGUCAAGUUUGCUACUCGAACAAAAGAGACAUGGCUUUCGGUUGUGGACAUCAGACGUGCCAAGAAUGUGGAAGGACCUUGCAAGACUGUCCUUUUUGUCGAAAGAAGAUCGCAACCAGGAUCAGACUUUUCAUUUAGUUGUUUUGUUAUGGAGUUGUGGUCUUGACCUGCAUCAGGAUUGUUGGGUUCAACUUUGUACACUAUCUCUCACAACAGGAAAGGGCCAUGCACAUUUGUCUUCGUGAAGUAGUCAUAGUUCGGGUGGCUUCAGACCUAAACACAAUUGGCACAGGUGAUAUUGAUCAUGAUUGCUGACGCUUAGGAUCGAAUUUGAUUCUGUUGAGCAGUACCUUCAGUUCUGCCUCUUAUUGAGGCAGCAAAUUGUAGCUACUACGCCCAGGUAGAGUUGUAGCUUAGUUGGUGAGUUGUAAAUUAUUAAAUUAUAGAUGAAAAUCCCGAGCUUUGACAUUCGAAGAAUUUGAGUCCAUUUAUGAGCGAAGGUAGGCUUCGACCAUCAUUAAAUCAGCACGCCUUCAGAAUUCCUCAGCUUGACUUGGAAACUUCAACUACCAAAUGUUCUCUCUUUGAGGAGGUGAAACUUUCGGUCCUGAUAUCAGCGAGUAGAGUGCCAUUACUCUCGCGGCACUCCCGCGGUCGACAUGUAAUUAUUGCCACUAUCAAACAGUGUUUCUAGUUGGGAGGAUGAGAAAAAGAUUUCGACUAUUCACGU